AUGAGACUUGCUCAAAGUAAUAAUUGUCACUAUACUUUAAAAGAAAUUUUAGAAGAAAAUGAAAACAUAACUUCAAAAGACUUAGUGAUAGGAACAAUAUAUUUGUUACAAACUGUGGUUGGAGUUAUGGGGAAUUUUUCUCUACUUUACUAUUAUUUUUUCCUUCAGCAUACAGAAAGAAAAUUGAAGUCCAUAGAUUUGAUACUCAAGCACCUGUUUAUAGCUAAUUCUUUAGUCCUGCUUUCAAAGGGACCCUCUCAGACAAUGGUAGCCUUUGGGUUGAAACAUUUAUUCAAUGAAUAUAGUUGCAAUCUUAACUUGUAUGUCUUCAGAGUGGGCAGGGCUAUGUCAAUUUGUGUCACGUGCCUUUUGAGUGUCUUCCAGACUAUCAUAAUCAGCCCCAUGAACUCUUGUUGGAAGAACCUUAAAAGAAAAGCUCCAGAGUACAUUGGCUUCUCCACGUCUCUCUGCUGGCUGCUGCACGUGGGAGUAAAUCUCUUUUUUCCUUUGUAUUUGUUACAGUUGGCUGGAAAUUCAGAAAGCAGAAAUAUCCCUAGGAAAAGACACCUGGGAUACUGCACUGUUGUAGAUUUUGGGACAACCAUUGUCUCAGUCUAUAUUGCUUUAGUAGUAGCCCCUGAGGUUUGUUUCAUUUUUUUCACAAUAUGGUCCAAUGGUUCUCUGAUAUUUGUCCUCUACAGACAUAAACAACAGGUUAAACACAUUCAUAGCUCUAAUGUUUCCUCCAGAUCUGCUGAGUCAAGAGCCACCAAAAGCAUCCUUCUCCUGGUGAGCAAUUUUGUGUCAUUUUACAUGAUCUCCUGCAUCUUUCACAUUUUCAUUGCCCUCUUUUAUAAUCUCAGUUGGUGGUUUGUGAAUAUUUCUGGCCUCAUUUCUCUGUGUUUUCCAACUGUCAGUCCCUUUCUGGUCAUGAGCCAGGAUUCCUCUCUAUCCAUAUUCUUGUUUGUCUGGAUAAGAAACACAAAAAUUUCUUUCCUUAAAAGAAAUAUGUAA